CGGAAGUUGGAGAUUUCCGAUUUCCCAGUUGUGAGUUCCCCGUUGUUUUGAACGCGGCAUCUAUUCCAAUUUAGACGUGCCACCACCUAUGAUUGGUUGAUGUUCCUGACCACCUGACUGACGUAUAACGUAGACGGGGCAGUCUAUGAAGGCGGAAGUCUUCUUCUGACGACAUUUGUUUUGGGAAAAAGGCUAGUGGAAGAAAAAUGGAGCCAAAGGCUGAGACUAGUCACAAGCUGGUGUUUGAGAAGGAGGGGGUGUACCUUCACACCAAUGCCAAGAGGAGCAACCAGGACACCACAAUCCCAGGAUUCAUCCGUAUAGUGGAACGGGGUGGGGAGCCAGCUUUGGAGUGGAGCGCACUAGAGGACGAGGGCCGCAAUGCGGCUGCUGUAUUCUACACUAAAAAGGAUGGAGAAGGAGGGGUGGAGGACACCAACUUUGACCCUGGCUAUGAGCCAGACUGGGCAGUCAUCAGUACAGUGAAGAGAGACCGAGUCAGAGAGCACCCCCCUGUCAAAGAGACAAGCCAGUGGUCGUUCUCCCUGCCUCUGUCGGAGCUGUACUCUCUGCGACGGUCCCGUUUCUCCCUGGGCCGUAACUUCCUGGUUUUUACCAGCAGGGGUGGCCACCCCCUCCCUCCUCUGCACUUCCACAGGGGGGGCACCAGGGAGCUGUUGAGGGCCCUGCAGCGUUACAUCAUCCUGGCCCCAUCACCUGUAGAUGGUCGUCUCUUCCUAGCGUAUCCCCAUGACUCUGGGGCUCUCUCUCAGUCCUUUGAUGAGCUGCACCUCUUUGACGAUGGAAGCUCCGACCUCGUCUCUAGGUUUAUCCAGGACCCUUAUGCCACCACCUUUGGGGGAUUCUCCAAGGUCACCAAUUUCUUCAGAGGGGCUCUACGACCACCAGAUUCCCCCUUCCACUCCCGUGGCCCUCAGGACCACCAUGGGCCCCCCUCAGCUGACGACGAACCAGGCUUUGAGCUCAUCACCUGUGGGGUGGAGCUUGGCCCUAAACCAGACGUAAUCAGGGGACAGCCUCUCGACAAAUGGGAGGAGUUCCUGGACCCAGAGGGGCGUGUGAAGGACCCACAGCAAAUCAAAGAUCUGGUCUUCAGGGGGGGUAUCACACCAUCCCUGAGGAAGGACGUGUGGAAGUUUCUGCUGGGUUUCUAUCCCUGGAAUAGUACUGUGAAAGAGAGGGAGGACAUUUUGAGGAUGAAAACAGAUGAGUAUUUCAGAAUGAAGGUUCAGUGGAAGUCAGUCAGUGAAGAGCAGGAGAUGAGGAACUCCCUCCUCAGAGGAUARCGCAGCCUGAUAGAAAGGGACGUGAGUCGGACGGACAGACACAACACCUUCUUCUCUGGCAACGACAACCCAGGCCUGACUCUUCUCAAUGACGUGCUGAUGACAUACUGCAUGUUCAACUUUGAUCUGGGCUAUGUCCAGGGGAUGAGUGACCUCUUGGCUCCUCUCCUUUUUGUCACUCAGAACGAAGUGGAGUCCUUCUGGUGUCUGACAGGUUUUAUGGAGAUGGUGCACCAGAACUUUGAGGAGUCCCAGGAGGCCAUGAAGCAGCAGCUCCUUCAGCUCAGCCUGCUGAUGAAGGCUCUGGACCCUGAGCUCCUUGACUACCUGGACUCCCAGGACAGUGGCUCUCUGUGCUUCUGUUUCCGAUGGUUACUGAUCUGGUUUAAGAGAGAGUUCUCCUUCGAGGACAUCCUGUCCCUUUGGGAGGUUCUUUGGACUCGUCUGCCCUGUGAAAACUUCCAUCUGCUGAUGGCCGCUUCCAUUCUGGUAUCACAGAGGGGGGAGUUCAUCGGCUCUGACCAUGACUUCAACACUAUUUUGAAGCACAUCAAUGAACUGACCAUGAAGCUGGAUCUGCAGACAGUCCUACGAGGAGCAGAAGCUAACUACCUACAGCUGGCCUGCUGCAAAGAGCUGCCGGUGAAGGUGCAGGAGGUCAUUGGCCUGUACGUUCCCCCCAGCCCUGAUGUCGAGACGAGCCCAGAAUCAGAGUCGCAUGAGACGCAGCAGCUUCUCAGCCAAUCACAGGCAGCAGCUACGGAAACGAGCCAGUCAAGUAACAGCACUGCUGCUGCAGCAGCACGCCCUCGCCCUACCUACCCGUAACUCUGAAGGACAGGUUGAUUGACAUGAGGAGAGAAAGCCAUUAACCGAUGUGAGGUGUUUCAUAAGGAAGAUAUGCGCUCAAUGGCCAGUUGAAAAUGUUUCUUUUAUUUUGUUACACCCAUCUAGUACCGAGUCGGACACCCUUUUGCCUCCAGAACAGCUUGAAUUAUUCAGGACAUGGACACGUUGCUCAAUUGAUAUCAAGGGACCUAACAUGUGCGAAGGAAAACAUUCCCCAUGCCAUUACUUUACCCGCCACCAGUCUGUACCGUUGACACCAGGCAGGAUGGGUCCAUGCACUCACGCUGCUUACACCAAAUCCUGACUCUGUCGUCAGCAUGAUGCAACAGGAAUCGUGAUUUGUCAGACCAGACAAUGUUUUUCCACUCCUCAAUUGUCCAGUGUUGGUGAUUGCGUGCCCACUGGAGCAGCUUCUUCUUGUUUUUAACUGAUAGGAAUGGAACCCGGUGUGCUCGUCUGCUGUAAUAGCCCAUCCGUGACAAGGACCGACGAGUUCAGCGGUUCAAGAUACCAUUCUGCACACCGCUGUUGUAUUGCGCCGUUAUUUGCCUGUUCGCUUGCAUGAUUCUUGCCAUUCUCCUUCGACCUCUCCUCAACGAGCUGUUUUCGCCCACAGGACUGCUGCUGACUGGAUGUUUUUUGUUUGUCGCGCCAUUCUCAGUAAACCCUAGACACUGUCCUGCACAAAACGCCCAGGAGGGUGGCCGUUUCUGAGAUACUGGAACCGGCGCGCCUGGCACCAACGGUCAUACCGCACUCAAAGUCGCUUAGGUCACUUG